AUGAGCCUAUUAAGCUUCCUGUCCCACGUCGCAGCGGCUUUCUGCUCGCCGCCCGUGCAUCUCCUCUGCUUUUCGACCCUCGCUGGCACACAACUUUACCAGACCUUCCUCGUCACGAAAGUGACAUUUCAGACGCUGCCCAAAACAGCGUUCGUCGGCCUUCAGAAGCGGCUGUUCCCCAUCUACUUUGCCGUCCAAGCCGCUCUACUGCUGCUCACGGCGCUGACAUUUCCGCCACGCGGGAUCUUGUCGCUGGCAGAAAACAAGCACGAUGUCAUACCCCUGCUCGUCGCUGGGGGCACGGCGCUCGUCAACUUGACGAUAUUUGGACCGAAGACGCGCCGCGCGAUGCUGGACCUGUUCAGCCCCAACAGUCGUGAUGACACGGGAGAGAAGGCCGAAAAGGCACCGAGCGGCCUGCAAUCACUCAAGCGGUCGUUUUCCAAAUACCACGCCGCCGCGAUACACCUGAACCUCAUCUCCGUGGGCGCAACUCUGUGGUAUGGCUGGCGAUUGGCGAUGAGACUGGACUUCAAUUGA